AUGGCAGAACCGCAGCGAGUCGAACCGGAGAGAGUCGAGCGCGAAGAGGAGGAAGUCUCCCCCCAGAUCGACCCGGCCCCGGAGCCUGAGGCCGUCAUUGAGCCGGAUGAUGAUUUCACGGAUAAUGACUCGACUUACGAGGGCUCCAUUGGCGAUGCCAGUUACACAACCUCCAUCACCUCGAGUGCGAUGAAAUACUUAUACGAGAACGGUCGCAGAUAUCACGCCUACCACGAGGGAGAAUAUGUUUUGCCCAACGAUGAGCAGGAACAGGACCGAUUGGACUUGAGUAACCACAUCUACCGCAUGUUGUUCAAGGGCGAGUUGCAUCGGGCACCGGUGAAGAGCCCGCGACGGGUUUUGGAUAUGGGAACCGGAACGGGAAUUUGGGCCAUUGAUUUCGCCGACGACAACCCAGAGUCUGAAGUUAUUGGAAACGAUUUAAGUCCGAUUCAACCGUCAUGGAUUCCCCCCAACUGCCGAUUCGAAGUCGACGACUAUGAAGAACCCUGGUCCUACAGCCAACCGUUUGACUACAUUCACGGCCGUGAACUCGAAGGUUUCAUCCGCGACCACAAUCGGCUCUUCCGCCAAGCGUACGAGAAUCUCAUCCCGGGUGGGUGGUUGGAGAUGUCCUCGAUGGAGGUCAACUCGUACUCAGACGACGGAACCCAUCUCAAGGCCACGCACAUGAUGGAGGCUGUCAAGGGAAUGCACGAGGCAUCCAGGAUCCUCGGAAAGGAUAUGAGCACUACACCGUCAUGGAAAGACCGUAUGGAAAAGGCCGGCUUCGUCAAUGUUAGAGAGGACAUUUACAAGCUCCCCCAAAGCCCCUGGGCCAAGGACCCCAAGCUCAAGGACCUGGGCCGUUACCACCAGGUCAACAUGUUUGAGGCGUCAGGAUCGUACACCUACGCCCUGUUCACCCGCCAUCUCGGAUGGUCAAGAGAGGAGUGCGAGGUGUUGGCGGCGGGUAUGCGCCGCGAGCUGAAGGACCUCUCCCUCCAUCUCUACACCAAGGUCCACAUUGUGUAUGGACAGCGACCCUAA